GCCGUGCGAUGGACGUGUUUCACGGCGUCUGCGUAGCCGUCUUUCAUGUGGACCACGACGACAGUGCCGCCACUUGUGACGGCAUCAACCGCUUCCCCAGGCUGCAGGCCAUUCGGGAAGUUCAGAAGCACCACGUGGAAAAGGAAUUCUACGGAGUUGAAAACAAAGCGCCACCCCGCUCUCAAGAUCGGGAAAGGUCCAGAAGUUUACCGAGUGAACCGGCGGUGUUGUGCGUCGCGGGCGACCUGCUCUCUGACAUGGACCACUAUCCGACCGAAUACUGCACGCACCUCAUCUACCGGGACAUGGUGUUCUUCUCGGAGCACAAGUGGUUCAUGCCGAAGGAGGACGAGCAAAGCUUCAAGCAGUUCAAGGAGCUGCGCGCAAGGACAUCGCUUCCUCUUCUCGUUGGCGUGUCGGCCGAGCAGCUGUCGGACUUCUACGCGCGGCUGUGGCGAAACCCACCGAAGAUGGGCCACUUCGCGCGCAGCGCCAUCGAGUGGCUGAACCUGCAAGGUUUCGACGGCAUCGCGCUGCUCGACCAGGAGGUCAAGGCGGCCGACGUCGGCAGGCGCUACUUCCACAUCGUCAAGAGACUGCACGAUGAGUUCGCGAGGGUUGAGCGCAAGCUCCUCAUUGUGGUGGGCCUCAGCAUCACGGACCACGAAAAGACGGCCGAGGACGUGGCCGAGCAACUCGAAGACAUCGCGAGGUACUCGGACUAUCUGAUCCUGGAGACGCACCGUGUCAAGCGCCAGGGUCAGUGCAAGCUGUCGCUGCCUUCGUCUUUCCUCGAGGACAGCACGCUCACAUCUUCCGUUCCAAUCCGAACGGCCCUUGCCUGGAUGCGAAUUCUGCAUGUGGAGAACGACACGUCAGCGCACCUCUGCAUUUCCUUCAACAUGGCCGCCCUCAACUUCAAGACGAGGAAAGGAGACACGAACCUGACCUGCAAGAAUGAGCGGUGGUCCAACUAUCGUGACGUCUGCUCGGGCAACGAUGGCUACCAGGUUCCCGUGCACGUGGACGGGGCGCUGGGCAUUUAUCGAAACAACCAGAACGCCUGGCAGACGUUCGACGAAGAGGGCACACUUCGCGAAAAGGUGGAAAGGGCUGUAACCCUGUACCCUCGUCUGUGCGUGGCUGCAUUCUACCUCGAAUACGAAGACUCCAUGGGCCUCUGCCGACCCAAGUUCUCGCGGCUAUCCGAAAUAGCCCAGACACUGAACAGAGGCGAGCACACUUGAAUCGUUGUACCGUGGUGCGCACAGAGCGUUGUCCGAUUAGUAGAAGCAUCGGCCGAGAUUUUAGGCGAGUUAACGAACGACUAAGGUAAAGCAAUCUUUCUAUAAGAAUUAGCCACACAUGAACAUUUACCCAGCCACUUGGUACACAUUUACAUGUCUUGGACGCGCGAAGACGUCGAUGAGAGAAGGGGCGUAAUUUGCGCUCGUGCUGACAGAAACGUACCAGGCUGAUAUAAAUAGUGCGUAACGCAUUACUGAUAGUAGUUCGAUUGCAGUGUAUCGUGGGGAGUUCAUGACUGGAAAUAAAAAUUCCUGGACGGUAUAUUUAUUAUCUACAGCUGGGCUUCUCGCGUGUAUUGCGUGUGCGCUAAUUGGCCUCGCGCAUGCGUACUUACAUUGCGGUAGACUUUCACGAAGAUAGCUUUAGCUCUGUUCCGGUUCCGUGUCCUUUUUGCGCCGUAUUUCGGCAUAAAGCUUCCGUAAUAAACCUCAUUUGCUGUCCAAGAACAAUGACAUUGAAAAUGCUUUGUAGAGUUUGUAGAGAAAGAAGAAAAAAAAAGGACCCCAAUCUCUUGCACAGCAAACUUUGUACACCGCCUCACAGCGUUACGCUUGCCGUCAAGUUAGUGAUUUCUUUUUC